AUGAAUACGGAUUAGCUCUGUUUUACUUGUAUUAGACCACAUACUUUUUUUUCUAAAACAUAUUACUUGAAAGUGAUGGAAGAUGAAGUUUGUAUAUCAGCUGUAAUCUUUUGAUUCUAAUAUAUUCAGUUUAACAAUUAUUAGAAUCCAAAAUAUCAAAUAGAACUUAAAUUAACGACAUAAAUUUUAUGGAAAAUGGGAAAGCAAUCAUUAAAAGCAUUUGGAAUAAUUUACCAGAAUAAAAUUAAAUAUUUUGAAGCAUAAUAGAUACAUCUCGAAUCCUUAAAAAUAGCUCUUGGUGGUAAAGUGAUUUAUAGGAACAUGGCAUCAUUUUAUUAACCAGUUGAAUUUAUAGGAGAAGGAUUGUCAGCAAAAGUAAUUAAUUUAUUAAUUAAGGUAUUCUAAAGUAUUGAUAAGAAGAGUAAAAAAGAAGUCGCUGUGAAAAUGAUAAAAUAAGAGUUUGGAAGAGAAGAUCAAGCCUUGGUAAGUAAACUAAAUUGAUAUAUAUUUUAGGAUAUAGUCAAAACUGAAGUGUCAAUACUAAUGUCAUUAAACCAUGAAAACAUUAUAAAAGUACUUGAAGUUUAUGAGAAUGAUCAAACUUUUUGGAUAGUUUAAGAAUUUGUUGCAGGAACUCCAUUAAGCGAGAUUUUAAAACAAAAACUUCCAACCAAUUAAAUAAAGGCAAUUAUGAUUGUAUGAUUAAAUAAAAUAAAGAUAGGGAUUAUUAAAAACAAUUAGCUAUUUACAAUCUAAGAAAAUUGUACAUAGAGAUAUUAAACCAGAGAAUAUUAUUAUAUAGAAAGAUAAUUCUAUAAAAGUGAUAGAUUUUGGAUUUGCUGCAAAUCUUAAGUUUGGAUCAGUUAGUAGUGUGUGUGGUACUCCAGGAUAUUAUGCUCCAGAAGUAUUGAGAUAAAAGGAAUCGAGUUUUAAUUCAGAUAUGUUUAGUGUUGGAGUUGUUUUAUUUAAUUUGUAAAGUAUUGUAAAUAACUAUUAGAAUAACUAAUCAACCAAUGUUAAAAUCAAAAAUGUAUAAUGCAUAAAAAUUUGUAGCUGAUGAAGAAGCAGCAGAUCUUUUGAAGAAAAUGUUAGAAGUGGAUCCAAACAAAAGAAUAACUGCUGCACAAGCUUUAGAUCAUCCUUAUUUAAAAGAUAAAAUGGAGAAAACAAAUUAUGAGAAAUAGGAUAGUUAAUUCCCAUCAGAAAAUCUAAUUUUACUAUAAUAGCAGUAGUUAAAUAAUCAAUAAUAAUAUCAGCAAAAGAAAAGCAAUUAAAGCUUAGAUGCUAAAACAAAUAAGUCUCUCAGAACUACAAAUAUUAUUGACUAAUGA